UAAAAAAAUUGUUACUCUGCGUUAAAAGAUAUUAUUUUGAAAAGUCCGACGAGAAGCUACAACUGAACACGGAAGUUGGUCUCCCACCCAGACUCCAUAGAAAACUCUUCAACAAAAGCAGUCUUAUUCUGUUUCUGUAAACCAGUUAUUUCUCUAUCAAGAACAUCACCGUCCUGACAGGUUUACAGCAGCCGUCAGUCAAAGCAGUCCGGAAAUGUCACUACUUUAAGAGGUUUUGGACAGUUGAACCCGUUUGGUAAACUUUUGUUUUAGCUUUUUAUCCGUGGAUGUUUUAAGCCGUCUCGCAAGAUGACUAUAACUGAGCACUUUAAGACGACUUUCAGAGUUGUCAAAGAUGUCGUUCCUGUUGUCACAAGCGGCAUUCUCACAGUGGUUCUUUUAUCGUUUGCUGUAUUUGGCAUCCAAACAUUUUUCAACUUAACCGAAGGUGUCUUCAGCGUUGGCGCAAGUGUUUUUCGAAAUGGACACCUCCACAGGCUCUUCAUGUAUCCCUUUUACCACAGAACCUUUCCUCAACUUCUCCUGAACGUCGCAGCCCUUUUGUUUCUCAGUGGCAGUUUGGAGAAAGGUGUCGGCACCGUCAGGUUCCUGUUCUUGUUCCUGCUGCUCUCCUCCACCUCGGGCUUGUUUUACAGCUUCUUGGACCUCCUGCAGGAUGACAGCAUCCAGGGCCACACUGAGGGUUUGGUUCCUGUGACUCUGGCCUGUGUGGCUCUGACUACCAUGCACACAAAGAUGACCAGAGCUUUUCUGUGUGGAGUCAGUUUCCCCACCAUGGCCCUCCCCUGGGUGUUCCUCAUAAUCACCACUGCCCUCAUCCCUCACAGUGUGCUGCCCUGUAACAUCAUCGCCAUCCUGGUUGGGUGGAUGUACGGUAGAGGAUGGUUCUCUCUUCUGGACAUGUCUGAGGCCAGAGCUGGCCUUCUGGAGAAGAUGACGCCUUUCAGGUUGUUGAGGGGCAUCAGGGGUGUUACGUUUGUCCCCGCUUCCACAGAGGAGAGGAGGAAAACCCUGCUUCCACAGAUCAAUCCCACACCAGGGUCCUACCCAGUCCAGGCUUAUGCUCCGUUGUCCAGCAUGAACGCUGCUAACAACACAACCAUGAUGUAUGAAGGUUGGCCACAGUCAGCCGGUCCCAUGUCCACUCCCACACCUCCUCUGAAUCUUCACGGACAUGUCUCAGCACAUAGCUUUGGAUUAAGUCACGCACACUUUUCAGAGCAGAGUUUUGGGCACAGCUGCAAUCACAGUCAUGGUCAUAGUCAUGGUUAACGUUAGUGAUGGUUAUGUCUAUGAUUUAUUUACAAUGUUCCAGCUAUGAAGAAAAGCCUUAUUCUAUCAGUACUACUGUGUUUUUCACAGCUAAACUUGAGCUCUGACUGUGUCUAAUAACAUUUUUCUGAAUGUAUAAAUAUUAUGGGUGACUUUUAUAAAUUAAGAAAAUGUAUGUGUUUUUUUUUUUUAAAUUUCUACUAUUAAAUACAUAAAAACCCAUAAAAAGUCUUUAAAAACUUCUGCUCUAAGUUUAGCAGAAAGGCAGUAGACAUCCUGCUGCUAGUUUAGGAUAAGUUUAAAAACAGAGUUUCUGCAUCUGAUGUUUUUGGUGCCAUCAUGUUAUGCUUUACCCAUGUUUUUAAAACGAUUUCUACAUAUAUUCUGAUACUUGUAUGGCAGCAAUAGGAGCAUAUGCCAAACACUUUCAACUAUUUCAAUUUAUGACGCUUUUUUUGGCUGAUAGGAUAUAAUUAGGUUAGUGUGUUGAUGAUAUUCAGUAAAUUUUGUCUUCUUGGGCAUUUGUCUAGAGAAAACAAAAGGGUCCAAAUUUGAAUUUUCUGUUCGUCAUUAAGUGUGGGAUAAUCUGUUAUUUUCCUAUUCAUUUGUAAAUCUA